AGACGUAAACAGGAAGCAUCUGUAGUUUGUUAUAAUGUUCAAGCCUAUAAAAAGAAUAAGUGUGCCCAUUCGUAUUAAUCGUUUCGAGUGGAAGUUAAAACAAUGCAGUCCCAAUGUCUAUUAUUAUGUUUUCUUGCACUAGUAAUAUGCCAGGGAACAGAAACUGUUUUAGAUUUGUUUCCAGAGUACAAAAUAGUUCAAAGGAAAAUAGAUGCAUUGGAAAAUGACAAUAAAGCACUGAAGGUAGAAAUAGCUCAAAUUAAAGCAUCAGUAAAGAGACAAGGAUGUCAGUCUGGAGUCUUUGGUGAGCAUGCCUAUCCAGAGAUCAAAUUUCCAGCUUCAGGAUACAUUACUUUUAACCCACCAUUUUCUGAUGUUCCAGCCUUAGUGUACGGCUUAUAUCUGUAUGACACUUCGAAGGACUCCAAUUCUAGACUUGUCACAGACGUAACCAAUCUCUCUAAAUCUGGAUUCAAUAUGAAGAUAUACACCUAUGCAGACACAAAAAUGUGGGGAGCUCGUAUGUCCUGGAUGGCUUGUCCUAAAGCAACUGUAGAUUUGUAAAGCAAAUAUGAAAACAAAAAUGUGUGAAAAUGUAAGGAAUCUCUUGAAACUAUAUUCUCUUUUGAUUAUAACUUGCCGAUUAAGCUAAGUCCUUGUUAAAGAAUAACCAACUCUUCAUUACAAAGAUAUAUUUGUUCGUAUGG